AUGCGUUUUGCAAAAUUCGCGGCGCCUCCAACGGCUCCCGCUGCACCACGCAACUUACGGUUAUUCAGCCAAAUCAUUCCACCGUCCGUGAGAGACGUGCCACCACAAGUUGCGCUACGCGCAACCUGGGAAGCACCACUCACAGUGAAUGUACAUCCGGACUCCGGGGAACCGCGUGGAACGGUGCUGCCUAACGAAACGCUCUAUCGAAUCAAAUGGCGUUUGAUGCUCGGAGUUUCCGGGGAACAAGGCUUGGGACAACAAAACCGCCGAUUCCGUUUGCGUCGUGCACUUAAUGACACAGAAUGGAUGUUGUAUUGGCCUGGGCAAGAGAAACGACAAGAUCGCCUCACCCAAAUUCGGGACCUGAUACCCGUUACCUUACUUGGUGGCGAGAUGAACAUAACAACAAACAGUUGGAAUCCAACACCGGGACAAUUCUGUAAGCCAUUCAAUUACUAUGAGUAA